AUGGACGCUUUCGAAACUCCAUAUGAAGAAGAGGCUGAAUUCAUUCAGUGCACGGUAAGGCUGUUUUAGUCUGCAGAGAGUCUGUGGUGUGAUGAGGAAAUGCUGCGUGGCUAACAGAUAUUUACCUUUACACGACAAGACUGAUACGCAGAUUCCUUCUAGUAUUGUCAUGGAGAUAAGGCCCUGAUCGAAAACCACUGUACCCAGACUUCUCAGACCACAGACUCUCUGAUACCUCUGGUCUAGAGUGCCAGAAAGAGCCAUAGGGUACAUAAAACCGGGUUCUGAUCCAGAACCACUGGAUUUAGGCUUUAUAGAUCUGGACUAAAUUAUGCUUGAGAGGUAUCAGAUUAUCUUUACACAGAGUUGAGCUUUAUGAAUCCUUCGCUUUUUGUGUGGAAAUGCAAGAAAGUGUGUUUUUCUUCUUCUUGUUUUCAAUCAAGACUACAGUGGAACAGGUCCUAAUCCAGAAUUUCAAUUCCUGUAGUUUUCAGACCUAUCCCAAACUUUUCUAGAGAGUUUGAGGUAUCUUAGAAUAUAUAUUCAAAGGCUACACAAAUCUAAAAGUGUGUUUAAUAGAGACUAUAGCCUCCCCAGAGCAACCUGUGUCAGACCUGAGGAGUAUUUAUCUGGUGGCCUUGGUUCAGGACUUGGUCUUUGUUGGUCCCGACAGAAAAAAAUCUGUGAAAUCACCCUUCACUGCAUUUCAAUAAAGAGAACUGAGGAGUCACAAAUCAGAAAUUAUGCUCAAAGAAGUCUGUAGACCUUAAUGAUCUGGCUCUGAUCCGACAAGUCUAGGCAUAAGGGGUUUAGGAGCAGGACCUUAUUUCAGUAACUUUCCCUUUGGAAAAAGGAUGCACACUUUAGAGUCUUGGUUAUUGAGUAACAUAUGUGAAUUCCUAACUAAGUCUAAUGUACCAAUCUGAAAAAAAUAAACCCCUGCUGCUGCACCAAACGUUGAAUCCCUGUUAGCCAAAGGUCUUUAAAAAUGUUGGUUCAGUUCAAUCACUGGGUCUUGCUGAGUACUUUGAUGGUGUCUCUGACUUUCUGUGCUGUCUUUGAAUCCAGGUCUGUGAUAAAUCCAUAAAAGGAGAAAGCUUGUACAAGAUCCACCUGACCGCACCUGGACACAUAAAGGUACACACUGUGACUUUCUGCUGUAAUAGACUGAUGCUCAGGUUAAUGGGCAGUGAGUUCUGACUGUGAUUUUUAUUGUUGAUUAAUUUGAUCCUGCUUAUUUUCUUCCAUUCAGUCACAGGUUCAGGAUAAAGCUCACAGCUACCAUUUGUAAUGUUUCUCUAUCUUUGCAAGGUGUCAGAAAUAACGUGGCAUUAAAAAUUACUCUAAGGGACUGAAGUCCUGUUUAUAACCUGUUGCAUUGUUUCCUGUGGCACACCAUGAUAAACUGGUUGUUCAGUAAGUACCACAUCAACAACAGUAAGAGUCCCACUGUUCAACACUCUUGCAGAAUCGGACUUCAAGCCUGAACUCUUUGGAUGUUGGCAGGUCUUUAUAUGAGAGUUAUGGAUCUUGGAAACGUCCGGUCACUACUUCUUCUUCUUCUUCUGCCAACAUUUGUCUUGAGAAGUUUAAACUCUGUUUUGGAGCUGCACUGUGCCUGUAGAGAGCACACCUUGCAGUAAGUUUAUAAAGCCACAUAAAAGAAAUCUGCUAUCUCUGGAAUGAGCAACUAGAUCUGCAUUCUCCUCAUGUUUUCUUUCACGAUUGCAGAAAGAUUGUUGUAAUGGACACAGUUUGGAAACUCUGUGUGCUCUGCUUUGAAUGAAAGAACUGUCAUUUGUUGUCUGGACUCAUCCCCGAAGUCUCAGUCAAGUCCUGAAAUUCAAACAAACAACAGCUUUGGACACUUUCACAAGAGAGCUGGGAUUAUUUUGCCGAGCUUGAUAACAAUCGCCAUUGUAGAGUGAUCAUCUUGUUGUUGACUGGGGCAUUUUGGAGAACAGAUUUUUCUGCAGGCGCUCUUCUUUUCUAAGCGAGUCCUUUUCAGUGGUUUCUUUCAUGUAGAAAAUGUCCUUGCCACUGUCUCACAUGCUCUUCAAAACUAUGUGAUCUGCUGUGGUUCUUGCUCAUUUUAAAAGUGGCAGCACUUCAAGGAGAACCUGGCUUUUGAUAGCCUUCUGUUCCUCUCUGGAGCUCAUCACAAAAGGACUAAAGAUUGACGUGAUGUGGUGACAAACAACCUUUUAUUUUACACCUGCUGCUUUUACAGUUUUCUUGUUGCUGGACAGUUGGACCUGCAAGACCCAAGAUGAAAAUACAUGACAAAUGACCAUUAAAAAUCCAAACAUCCUGUCUAUGCUGAGUCUCAACAGCAACUUUUGUGGCACUACUUUCGGUUGCAAGUGAAGGUAUUUCACCCAUAGACGGUGGCACCCUGAAACAGUGCAGUUUUGAAGUCCCAGUGUGUGAUUAUACAUCACAUCACAUCGUUGCAGAAGCAGGAGCUUGUUAACACACUACAGGAGCUCCACAUACACAGACUGCACUGUUUUGUGCUGCCAGCUCUGACGUUACACAUUGCCACCUUCUUUCCCCCAUUCCUUCUCCAAAGGGGGAUCGGAGGCGUAUAUAUGCUGCCUUAAAUUGACAGAAUGUGAAAACAAACUGACAUCACCGUUGGACUCUGAAGAGAUGGCAUUCAGACUCAUUGGGAUGCCAUACUGAAAACACUACCUUAACUUCUGACCCACCCAUAAAAGGGCAAAGAGGUGGAGCAGGGACGGGGUCAAACACCUACACUGUCCCACUGACUGCAUGUUUCUGUGCUGCUCAUUGCCUGUAAAUUAUCUUAAUGGAUGUGUUUUUAAAACGCUCAUCCUUUGCACCAUGAGUGCAAAAAAACCCAAAAAACGAAUCAGCUGCAAACCCAACCCUUUUUGAAACCAAGCUGUAAACAAGUUGUUGUCAAGCUGUGCAUUUUAACAUGGAACCUAACAGGGAUUUCUAGGCCUUUGCAGCCAGCCCCAAGUGGGCACUCAUGGAACUGCGUUUUUUUUUUGCAUGACAACAUCAGCUUCAUUUUCCAACACUGCAGGUGGCUUCUUGGUUUAUCCAGAAUACCUGUUUUUGGUCGGCAGUGGAAGACAACCCCUUGAAUAUUUUUUCUGUGCUUUUUGGUCACCUUUUUGAAAAUUUGAUGAAAAAUUGCAUACUUCACUCUCAUAUGCAUGUUUAUGAUCAGUCUGUCCUUUAACAGGCAAUGCAAGCAUCUAUCAGAAAAGCGAUAUGAUGACUUAAGGACUUAAUCUUGUCUUGUCUUUACUGAUGUAUGCACUCAGUGUAAAUACACAAAUACUAAAGAGAAUAUUCACCAUUACUGCACCUCAUGGGAGCUGUGGCUCUGGUGAGCAAUGUCAUGUCAAAAGAAAAUGUUUCCUUUUCCUGUUUGUAGCAGUGAUUAACCCUCACCAGUGUCCUGUUUAUCCAGCACUGAUUGACUGCGUUUUCAUUGCUCUCCUCUCAUCCCUGACAGAAAGAGGAUAGCCUUAUUGCUGCUGGUAAGUAGACUUGUCUUUUUGUUUUGCUCUUGUGGUUCAGUGUUCUUUGUCUGACAGGUCUGACCAGUAAGAUUAAAGAGAUCACCUAAAUCCAAUCCCCGGUGUGAUAGACAACAAUUUAAAAGGUUUUAACCUCACAAGGGUUAUAAUUCCUUCAAAGUGUUAAUGCUAUCAGUCCAAAAUGACAGCAUGAGCCAAAAUGAUCUCAAUAACAAUCACCAGACUGCUGGGUAUGGACAUUUCAGUGGGAAAUGUGUUCCCAGCUACUGGAUAUACUCAAACUUAGUGGUUUGGCUAAAGGCUUCUCCAUACAGGUGACUCUUUUUGUGUUGGUAUAACUUCCACAUGUACACAAACUUAACCUCUCUACAAAUGGAUGGAUGGGUGGAACAGAGUGUAGAGACAACUGAGGCAAGAGAGAAGAAGCAGAGAUUCUCGACACCAUCAACAUCACUAUUUGAUUACUGUGAAUGCUUCAGACAACAGCUGGUCGUAUACACGCGUUGGGGCUUUACUAUGUAAGUGAUGUCCAGUUAUUGAGCACCAGGGGCCUGGUAGGUAAAUGACUGGACUUACAGGUUUGGAUACUUGAGGUCUCACAGUCAGCUCCUUUUGGUCAAGUCUGGACAUUUUCAGGAAUAAAAAUCACUGAUGUGAAAUGGGCCCUGGAUGCUUUUUUUGUGAGAUAGUGGGGCAGUCUCCCCCACAAUCAGACCGGUCUCCUCACUUGGAUUUGUUUUGGGCCAUUGGGACCAAAAAGAUGCUUGAACAUAUUCUUGUUCUGCUCCGAGAUAAAGAAAGAACAAUUUAGGGUGUUUUUUUUUUUUUUUAUCCGAAAGGUUCAAAGCAGCGCUGAGCCAAAGCAGUGCUGCCUCUGAACAAAAGUGUCUCAGAAACAUGUUUUGGUGGGAGAUUUUUCCACUCAGGCGAGUGAACCUUGACACUGAAGUGGCUGUGCUCCUGAAGUCGAUGAAAGAACCAAAAAGGCCAGCUUUUUUCAUGAAGAAUCAAAGUUUUCAUCACAAAGUCUUUUUUCAGCUUGUAUUUUUGGUGGCUGUUUUAUGUGGUGAUUUUGUAAAGGAGAGGAGAAACAACUGUGAGGCCUCUAUUAUGUCAAGUGAAAUGCAUGAAAGUUUAAUUGUGGGGCAAAAUUGCUGGAGUCUGAGCCAGCAGGAUGGAGCAGUGCUGUGUGUGGAGCUGGCGCUGUUUUAUUCAGCGGGCCUCUUUAACUCUGUGUGUCAUAACACCGUGUAAAGAAAAUACAAGCUUGAACACUGUUUCUUCACUGAUGGGCGAGCUUCGCUAAAUCACUAUGGCAGAAGAAUCUAGAUCGUACAAGCUACCUAGGCAUCUGAAUCUGGCCUCAGAUAUGAAGGCAUCAAGGACUUGGACAGCAGCCUGACCAGGGUCAGAGCACUGAGAGAUGAGCUGGGGGCCGAUUUCUUCUGCUGUGUAACCUUGACUGUGAGUUUAACAUCUGUGGGGAUGACUGGCUGGCUUUGAGGACACUCUUUUUUCUGGGUUUUGCUGUCUCUGGAGAAACAGCAGAAGGAGCUCUGUUUCACUUCCAGAAAGUUUAUUUUGGAGGCCUUUUGCCUUUUUGUUGGGCUUUGAGAAAGACAGGAAACACAGAGAGACACAAACCAAAUUAUGCCUGGAUCAGGAACCAGUCCAACUAACAGUGCAAAGAAGACUGUGGCCUCCGUAAGUGGGGCAUACGUCUAAACUGCUAGGCACCCUGGGUACUUGAAUUUGGUGGUAAGUUUUACAUUCUCAUAAGUAGUUUGCUGCUGUGAACUUGGACUGAUCAUGUGGAGGAGGAGGUGGUCCCUUUGGUACUAUAAUCCUGAUUAUGCUCAUCAUUCCCAAACCACAUUUCAGACCGGUUUGUGACCAAAAUGACUCACAGCAAUGUCCGUAAAAAUCAAGAAGAAGAAGAAGACAGCCGCCUCACAGUUCGUUCUGGCUGCUUUUAUUCAAACAGGAGGGCUCAUAUUGUUAGUGACCUUUCAUCCUUAAAAGUUCAGUGUUGUGAUUGGUCACAUGACUUUUCCUGACCAGAGUGUGGUCAGUGUGCUUGCCAUCACCAUAGCUGCCCAGAAAGUUUCCAACAGGCUGAUGAGUUUAUCUUUUGGCCUGUUGUUGCCUCGAUUGCGCCCUCAGCUGGUAUUCAUUGAAUUGACACUUAAUCUUAUUCCUUCUCAGUCCAAAUAGAUGCUGUAGCCACAAAAUGUGGCAGCACUGUAGCCAAAAAUUGUGGCAAAAAAAGUGUCAUAUCAGCAAGAUUCAAUUCAAUAUCCAAUUUUGGAAACUGCUGUUUUGGGAAUGUUAAAGACAUCAGCAUUCACUUGCUUUUGUCGCACAAUGGACGUCCACAUUAUGGGCGUCUGGGCAUUUUGAGCUUAAACUGAAGAUAUCCUCAAAGUAGAACCAAAGACUGAUGAGAUACUGAAGAUUGCAUGACAUGUUGAUGUCAGUGAUCAUCCCCCUGCUGAUGUAAGUAGAGAAAACGCGACAACUGCGUGUUCAAGCCUUAAAGGUCUCUUAUUAUGCAAAAUUCACUUUAGAAUGGUAUUCUAACAAUAAAAUACAUCUCCAGCCUGUCUGCAACCCCCCCAAAAUGAGAAACUUCUAUCCUCUCCCUCUCUUGAUUGUUCCACCAUUCAGAAAAUGUCUGCUCAAACAGGCGGAUUGAAACUAUUUCCUUCCAUGACAUCAUGGAUGACGAUAACUCCUCCCCUCCAGGUUGGUGACCCUGACCAAAAAGUUUGUUCUGCCCCCUUAAGAUUUCCACUCAGACGCUAUUUUUCUCCCUCACAAAUGCUGGUUCGAAAUAGUGAAGGUACGAGCAAGGCACAGCAGUUGCUCUGUUGUUGGCUGUAUGAAGCAGCACAAGAGUCUGUUUUUACCUCCCUCUUUGUCUGAGGUUUUGAAGGCCCAGUGGAUUGUUUUAUUUUCGAUGGAAAUGUACCCACAACAACUCCUAAAAUGUUGUAUGUGUGUGCCUACCAAUUCCCUUCAGACUGCCAGUUCAAAGCAGGAUUCGCUAAGAAUCUGAAGCUAAAGCCUGGAUCGGUACCCACUGUCCGCAGACACAACUAACGUUGGAGCUGUAAGUUGUACAUAGUCACGAGAGAUUAAAAUGAUUGGGCAGAUUAAAAUGUUGCCACCCUAUUGAGUUACAGUUUAAAGUUGAAAAAUUUAUUGUAAUUCAGAAUUAUUCAAAAAUACAACAUCCAUCCAUCAUCUCUUACCUCUUUUCCUGUUUGGGGUCACAGGGUUGGCUGGAGCCUAUCCCAGCUGUUGGGUCAGAGGCGGAGUACAACCUGGGCAGGUCGCCAGUCUAUCUCAGUUCUUACAUGUAUAGUCAGAGAAAAUAUAACAUGUUCUGGAUUACUUCUUAUUUUAGAAGUUCAAGUAGAUUUGAUCAGUGGAGAUAAUCCUCCUAAGGUCAGAGUAAGCCCCGAAUGUUAACCCUUGCAAAAGUCUGUGGCCUAGUUUGGCCACCCCAGUCAAAAAAGUCUGGCUCCUCCACUUGAUUUGUUCAUAUUUGUCAUUUUGAUUAUCGCCAUGUAUAGAGAUAAUAUGCUGCUCUUGUAGCUCACAGGAAAUGCCCUUUGAGACAAAGUUUCUACAACUAACUAUUUGGUUGUAGAUAUUUUGAGACUGUGUGGUUUUUCAAGCUAAAUAUGGACUCAGACUCAGGUAAUCAGGACUUGACUUGGGCAAAACAGUAAUUCCUCUUUGAUAACUUGGAUUUUAACAGCAAGGACCUGAGAUAAGAUGUUGGCUGACCAAAACUCUGGUGGGUUGUACAUAGAAAUACUGUUGAAACCAGGAAGUGUUGAAAUCACAAAUGUUGAUGUGAUCUUGUGAUGUUUGACCACAGACAUAUGAUAAAUAAGAUUAUAAAAUCCUCCUAUGAGCUGCUUUCUUUUGCUAAUUGAUGAUGUGUUUUUUAUUUCAGGGCUUGCUGUCAGACAGCAAACCAUACCAAUAUUUGAGGACAUUAUACAGUAUCUGGAUUACAUGAAGCUUGAUGAACCCAUCAUUGGUGAAUAAACACAAACCCAAUCUAAAAAAGUCAUCAUCUUCACAUAAAUAUGAUACUUUUUUGACUUUCUUUUCCUGUUUUUAUAUUUCAGGUCUGAGCUAUUUGGAGGAAACGCCCAGUGACCCACAAACGGGUCCUAAAUACAUGUGCAAGCUUUGUCAUCAGACUGCAAACCUCUUAGAAACAGUCCGCCAUGUUAUUGGACGUAAACACCGGCAAAAAUACGUGGUAAAGCAUGAGGAAGACUCUCAUAGGCAGCUUUAAUGUUUAUUUAAUACAAUGAGACAAAGUGGAAAACCUUUUGUCUUCUUUGUAGGAAUUGAAACGUCCCGACUUGGUGACCUGGGAUAAACAAUCCAUAAUAAACCAAGGGGGGAAGAUCAUACGAGCCAGAGCCGAGAUGAUAGAGAGACAGGAUGGACGAGGAACUCCGACUGUAAGACACACAAAUAUCUAUAACCAGAGAUGUGUUGUUUUGUUUCAGGCUGCAUUUUUUUUCUUGCGUGUGAAAAAUGUAUUUGUUUUUUUUGUGUUUCAGAUGUUGCCAAAAAAGAGGAAUAUGGGACAAUUUAACACCCCCAGAGGUAAAUCCAGACCGGGAUUUUGGAUUGAAUGUUUCAAGUGUCAUACAAAGUUUCCUCUGAGUUUUGUACCUUAUAAUAUUUACUUUUAAAUGUCUCAGAAAAAGGUAAAAAUCCUGUGACUCCUCUGAAUUUUGGACUCAAAGCUAAUUAAAGAAUGACAUUAAAAUUAGCUCCAGGUUGAUAUACCUAUAUUAUAUGAUUGGACAAGAAAUUAAUCAAAUAGAUAAUACAAAAAAAUACAUGAACAUGAGCUGUUGUCCCACAUUGAAUCUCAAGUUCAUGCUAUUAUUUGGACUUCUGUAAUACACUUCAUGAUGUUAUUAUACAGAAAGUCCAAAUGCUGCAGCUCGUCCGUAAUCAGCCUCUAGAAAGUGAGAACAUGUUACACCCUGUCUUUGCCUCCCUCCACUCUCUCCCAGGUCAUUUUAGGAUUCGUUUAAAGUUUUUAUUUGUUUAUAAAUCUUUAAAUAGAACAUAAGCACAGCACAUCACUGACCUCCUCCAGGUCUACAGUCCCUGGAGGACUUUGUGGUCGGCUGAUCAGCUGUUUUUUGGUCCUUCAGACUGGGUUUUCUCAGCAAUGGCUCUGAAACUGUGGGACAAGUCCUCCUCCCAAAAACUUAUUUCUAAUCUUUCUCAUCCUUAGGCUUAUUUCUUGUUGGUUUUGUUUUAUUAGUGUUGUGCUCUUCAGGCUUUAAGAUGUUCACUUUCACUCUUAUUUCCCAGCAUUUCCAAGGCAGAACCAUAACCAUGGCAGAAACACCCAACAGAUAGGAACCCAACGAGACAUGCCGUCACACCGACCACAGCUCAUGGACAAUCAGGAUGACCAUUAUGGAGGGAGGUUUUCCCCAGAGCGGCUGAACACACCUCCAUCCCAUCCAGGAGACUCUUACAUGAAGAGCAUGGACCGGCAGAGAGUAGAUUACAGGGACAGUGAUGUGUACAGACGAGGGUAUUCAGACCCUGAUUAUCACAGGGGGUAUGAAGGGAAUCAUGUUGAAGACCCACAACGAAGAGUUGCAUGUGGGCCAGUUGGUGGUCCCAGGUAUGAGUCAAGAGAAGAUCUGGCUGAGCCCAAAGAUUAUUACCCAGAUGAGGCCCCUCCUUACAGAAGGCCUUACCCAGAGAGGGAUCUACUGAAGGACCUCUACUCAGAGGAGAUGAGGCGGCGACAAGCUGGUUCAACUGAGCGUCAGUCUUUGCACGUGGGGGGUGAAGAGGAGGAGAACCGGCGCUGGUCUCUUUACCAGGACUCUGUAAACCAUGAGGGUAUGAGCAGAGCAGGUAGACAGGGUCCAAGUGAAUCAGAAGCCCAGAGGAGGAGCUUUCCCUUACAGAUGGAGGUUGAACGACUGCAAGACAGUUUGUUUAAUCUGACCAGAGAGUAUUCAGGUGAAAUGAGGAAACCACAUCAUGAGGAGGCAGGCCCAAGCAGAACAGGACCCCCUCAACCCCAGAGAAGAAUGGAAGUGAACAAGACAAUGUCAGAUAUCCCAGAGCCAUUCAGGCGCUUCUUAGAAGGUCCCUCAGAUGAAGAGCAACAAAACCUGAAACGGAAAAGAAAGAGUCGCUUCUCUGAUGCCACAGCAGAGGAGGUGGAAUCAACGAAGGGGCUGUGAGUGAUAAACCAGCUGACUCACUGUUUAUUGCUUUGUGUCCUCCUCUAACAUAAACUUCUGGCUACUCUAAGGUUCACUGAGGACUUAGGACCUCCAAAUCCAAAGUUCAGCUAUCGUCCUGGACCCGUUGGUGCACCACUAAGACCUGAAACCCACGAAAGGCCACGUCCUAACCUGUACACCCAAUCACAGGUAAGUUAUUUGUUUUUUUUACUUCUGACUUAUCAAAAGAAGAACGAAACUCACCUGUGUAAUGUUUUUUUAGAGCACACAUCACACUGAAAGAGACCAGACUGAAGGCUCUGACUCAGGGGGGGUCUUUGAUUUACUGGUAAGAUCAUAAAUUUGCUAAAUGCACAAACAGCAUUGAUUUUUUUUCUUCACAAUAACUAUUUAUUUUUUGCCAAUCUUGAUGAACCUGUUAGACAAAGCAUGACAAAGGUCUUGUCCGGUGCAUACGGUGAUUGUUUUUUCUGAUGAGAUCUUCUCUUGCUUCAUUUUCGUGGUGAAUUAGAGGCAUUAGGAUUAAAUAGUGACCAGCUCAAAUUUCUAACAUGAGCUUGAACUGGUUCUUUUCUUGUACUUCUUUCUCCCUAUUAGAAAAACAUUGAAAUUGACAAUGCAGAAGAGGCCAUUUUCCUGAAAAGCAGACUUUGCGAUCUUCUGAAAGAAUUCAAGAUGAAGAAAACUCAGAAAGCUGCUGCGGUAUGUGUUAACCAGAGCAGGAGCUGUCUUUUUAAUGCCGCAUGCAGUUCACUGUCUGUCUGCAAAGGUGAGGAAAUAAACAUUAAUUGAUAAACAAAUCUAUUCCUGUUUUGGCAGCAGAAUAUCCAAGGGCGGGCAGUCGCUGCUGAAGAUUUUGACAGUUUCCAGCUGAAGCCUGAGCUGGUUCAGCACCGAUAUGAACCAGGGACAAAGCAGGAUUCAGACCACAGGCGACCGCAGGAGCUCUAUUGUCAGGAAGAUUACAGAGGAAGAGGCAGGGAAUAUGAGGAGCUUGUCCCAAACGAACACCUGCAGGAAUACAUCCACUCUGUACAUGGAGAGCCCAGGCAGCUGAGCAGAGGUCAUUAUGAAGGUAAAUCUAUUUCAGCCUCAUUAGGUAGAUGUUUGCGCUCAUACAAGGGUUCUGACUUAGGUUUUAAACUGGUCUCAAUGUGGAUGUGCAUGAACUACACCUGACAUGCUUUGAACAAGGGCCAGUACCUGGUAAAGAUAAAGCAGGAAUUAUUUCACUUCUAUGCAAAGGCCAAUGGAUUAACACAUCUAUAUUUCAUGCCUGCUGUAAUUUGCACUAAACCCUGCCUAUUUUAUCUGAUAUUAACAUAAGUACAUGCAUACUGCCUUUAUAUUUGCUGGAAUAAUUUGUAUAUUUGCAUACCACUUGUUAUUAGGUCUGUCCUUGUUAGAUAUGGCCAUUUUUUUUUUUUGCACAAAAACUAUUUAAUGAAGAACAUUUUAAGAGUUUUGAAAAGUUGGAUUUGAUUUUUGUCUUACAUUUUUUUUUACACUUUCUGUUGACAGAGGAUUUUGGGUGGCAGAACAUGUCCAGGACACCACAGGGCAGUCAUGCAGACGAGUUGCCACGUUAUCCUGACAGGUUUCAAGAACCCAGACACCCUCGUGACUACAGACCUGCUGCUGCUGCUGCUGCUGCUGCUGCUGAUAAGUUUUUAGACUCUCACUCUCCUGCACCUCCCCUUCACUAUGAACGAGGACCAAGGAUGGACAGAGGGUCUCGGUACACAAACAGCCUGGAGAAAAUCACCUCCACGCUGCUGGAGCUUGUUGCAAGAAAAUAAACUGCAGCUGUACAUAUUUUUCAUGAUUUUCUUUGUUUUCAGACAUUAGACAUUAGUUUGCCGUUAAAAAUACUGAACAGUGCUUGUUAUUUGCUCUUGAUGUAAAAUUACUAGAUUUGACCUUGAAAUAAGUGUUUCUGUUGAAAUAAACUAUUUUACUGCUGCUGUGAUGGCCGUUGGACUUUUUGUAUUACUGUUAACAGAAAUGUAUCCAGUCAACUGAAAUUUUCUGAAAAUGUAAGUGUUGCAAUGUGCAGCAGAUUUAUUUAAUUUCAUGUUACAUUAAUUGCUUGAUUUAUAGUGCAGUUUUUGUGGAUACAUUGACAGAAACUUUUCAAUUCUAGCUAAAGAUAAUUUUAACUGAAGUUUGACUAUAUAUAAAUAAUAUUUAUAAUCUUUAUUUUACACACACCCAUCCCUUUGUCACUGUUGAAGAUGAUUUAUAAGUGUGUUGCUGCAAAGUAGUACAACUUAAGGAUCUUAUACAUUACAAAAAGAAAACAAACACAAAAACCCUGCCAUUUGCAGUGUAUCAAGAAGACCUUAAAGGACUACAGUCAAAGUUUUGUCCAAUUAAGUAAAUUUGAAUAGGCAUUAAAAGUAAAUGAACUGAAAUUCUGAGUACAAAUACAAACUUUAGUGCCAAAUAGUAAACUAACUGGCCUAAGUAACAUAAAUAAUUUACAGUUUUAAUAGCUUUUUUUGCCCUAAACGGCUUGGUUUUAAUAUAAUAUUCGGUUUGAAAAUGCAAAUAGUUACGUUUUACUCUUGUGAAUGUACAGGUAUCGAUAACAUGCUGUUCUAAAAAUAUAGUAAAGCUUCUUUAUAAAGUAUUUAUUGUAUAUGCCAUAUUCUAAUAAGAGGGUACAGUUUCAAGAAUUUAAAGAUUAAAAAUAUUGUUCUCGGUUUGGAUUUUUGACGUCGCCCGUAUAGGAACGUAGUGAAAACGUCAUCACGUUCGUGUACAUAACACUUUCCGGUUCGAGUAGCAGCCAUCUUGUUUCCCCUUGCUAGCUAAAUAAAAUAAAUAAUAGGCUGAGCCGGACUUCACUCCGAACCCGUAAAACAAAGUAAGUCAUAAAUUAAAAUUCAUCCUUUUACAGAGCGUUCAGGAGAAAAUGGUCCAUGUGGGGCGGAGGUCGAAGCAAUUAUUGGGCUUCUUUUCAUUUGCUGUUGUUGACCAAUAGAGGAUUGUUUUGAAAGAUGAACAUCGGCGCCAUUUCCCUCCCCGCGCUCUGAGCCGCUUAUUGGUGGCCCGCUGAAGGGAUCACGGGCGGCCAGGAAACUGGUGCUCGAUGUCCUCCAUGUUGGCUCUAAUGUAGCUGAUCGUCAGACGGAUUGGCCAUUUCUGUUGGGGCCCGAAUGGCGACAGUAGCAGAACGAACUUAGCCCUAAAAACCUUGAUUGGUGGAAUCUAGUCCGAGGUUUGAUUGGUCUGAAGGACAGAUCCAAACGUUGUCUUUAUUGGUUAGGCUGUUUCUUCAUAGCUAUGGAAAGCUUUGCAAACUUUGAAUUGACAGGAGGCCGGUGAUUAUUAAAAUUAGACUCAGUGUGUUGAACAGCCGGCAGCAGUGUCCACCUCCGAGGAGCUAACAUUAACUUCAUUAAGUCACACAAAACAAUACAAUGAUAGCCACAGAAGCUAAACGCAAGUAACAGCCGAUAUCUCGCCGUUUAGUCCUCAACGCAUUUUACUAUCCUGACUUCCUUUAGACGACCUAGUUUUACAGAAAGUAUAAUACCGAUUUCUGUCCUCUGUUGUCACUCUUGAUGCGGUAAAGCAGCUUUAUGCACCCUAACACACAUGUUUAAACACAUCACAGCAACCUCAUUCAAGAGCAGCAUUGCUUCAAUGGAUCAAAAUCAUAUAAAAGCAGAAUUUAGACUUUAAUUUUUGCAUAUAAACAUAUAACACUUGGUUCAUAGACUGACAAAAAGCCCUAAUGUUCAUGAUGUUACACCGCUUAAAGCUCCUGUGAGUAGCUUUAUGUCUGUUGACUGCAGUCCCCUGUGGACAGCAAAAUCUUUUUGGACUCUAUCCCUGAUCACAACACAGUGGUGGCAGAUGGCUAAAUAACACAAGUCUGGUUCUGCUUUCGGUUUCUGUCUGUUAAAAGUAAGUUUUCCCCAGUGCUGUAAGUUGCAAGAUGCUGCAAAAGUGCUCUACUCAUGCUGGAUAAAGACAGGAUAAGGAUAGGCCUCAUCUCACUUAAUGAGAGUCAAUCUUGUGUUAUCAGCAUUGGGUUGUUGUAAAUAAUAAAACAGAGAGUAUGACCCAGACCUACUCUUUUGUAAAGCAUGCUGAGGUAGCAUUGGCACAGUGUACAUUUAGAUUGAUUCAGAGAGGAUAAAUUAUUCUGCAGUUAUUCCACUUUACUUUAUGUAUAUACUUUAACAGGUGCAUUAUUUUAAAUAGGGUCAGUUAUACCUUUAGGUAACUUCGUCUCUGAUGUGUGUGCAGGUCAGGUUUGCAUGUGUUUUUGCAUUUUUCAAGGCAAAUGCAUGGCUGAGCCCUGCUACCCUGAAGGUUCUGUAUGUUUAUGAAACCCACAGUGCGCCCAAUGUAUGUUUAUCUCUAAAUAGUGUCAGUGAGAGCAAACAUGUCCCUGCUACGGGCAGCACAGGUCAUGGGAAGGUCUCAUUUGGAUGGUGACCUUGCCAGGUGUCAUUACUGAGGCAUUUUGGGUAGCCAGACUACACCUAAAGAGACAGCUGCUUUGGCAUGGCAGCCAUGCUGGAGAGAUUAAUCUUUGCGCAGCUCAACUCUGAUCAUUAAGUGGAUGGCUGUAGUACCUGCUCCUGUCCCAAUGCUCCUCUCAAAAAUAGAAAAGGGAACAUUUAGCUUUGUUUCUCUGGAGUCUCUCUCUGGUGCUCUUGCCCUCUCCAUUUGUUCUACCCCUCCCACCCUGUAAAAACUCUCCUCUCUGUCCUUCUCCAUCCUUCCGGUUCCCCUCCCCCUCUUGGUUUUUCAUUGAUGAGACAGGUUAUGUCUUUCUACCUCACUGUAGCUUGUUGUUUUUCCUCCCUUUUCUGUGUUUUUGCAGCCAUAUGGAGUUGAAAGCUUUAGUUUAGAUUGUGGGUUAGAGGCCAGAUAUUAUAACGAUGACAUCAAUUUAUGUCACUCACAGACACUGUAUUGUGUAACUGCUCCAUGAGUUUGCAUGAGAAAAGUGGAAUAAGUUUGUUGUACAUUAUAUUUGAAUGUAAUGUAGUCAUGCGUAUUCACAGCAGCGUCCUCCCUCACGAUUUUUUAGUGAAGGUUACUGUGUCAGAAGUCUGCACAUUUAACCGGUGCUCUGUUAACAAGAAGGGCAUUGUGUGACAUUGCUGACGUGUCUUUUUUGAUGACGCUUUGAUUGUGGAAGUUGCUGUGAGCAUAGUUUUUUGGGGUCAAGACAACAAUGUCCUUGUUGACAGACUUUCACCCACAUCUCCUGAGUCUUGUUUAUCCCUAAAUAGGGCGAAAAUAAAAUGCACUCUCUUUUUCUUUAUCCCUCUUUCUGAGCAGACCUCACCAGUCAGCUGAUUUUGUCUAAAGUUGCUGCAGAACACAUCAUCUGCAGUUAUCUCUCCUGCUGCAACGAGUUAUUGUGUAAAUUUGAUUAAUACUUUAAUGAGGGUUUUAUUGGAUUAAUGUGGUGACCGCAGUUAGUUGCAUAACAAAGUGUUCCCAUGAGUUAAUUUAUCCUUGUUUGAAGCGUAUACUGUGAGUGGAACCUUUGGAGCAUACUUAAUAUUAACCGUAUAAUUAAUCUAAUAGUAAUAAAUGAAAUGACCAGAGGCUAGAUGUUUGCAACGUUUCUUUCUGACUGCCAGCAAGGAUGAAUGAGAAAGCAAGGACAAAAUGUGUACGUGUGUGUGGAUGUGCAUGCAUACCUGUGCGCACGUAUGAGACAGCGAGUCUGCCCAGAAUGCUUUUGUACUUAAAAUCAUGUGGAUGCAACAUGCGGCAUCUAUUCUGGCACUUGUUUUAGCCAGUGAGGGCCGGCCCGGCUGCUUGCAUCACGGCCCUGUCAGCCUGUAGCGGCGGAGAGGAGGCGGGGCUGAGGGAGACAUUUAGUUUGACAUUGUAAAUAAGCAGAGAGCAGUUGUCAGAGAGCAGCCCCGUGGAACCUUUCUCAUCCAUCCAGCAGCAGGAGAGGCAGGGACCGCCUGAGGACAAACAAUGCCGAGGCAAGCCACACCUAGAACACUCUCGCACACUCCCCCUAGAGAGCUUUCCGCAACUUUAUCUGCUCUUUUUCAGCCUUUCUCCCCUCUACUCUCUCUUCCUCUUUUCUUUCCCCUGACCCCUAUCCUGCAGCUCAAGGUAACUUAGAGCAGGAAGUUGGCUGUCAGUGAAAGGGGGCGGGGCCGAGGAAAGAGGAGGAGCAGGGGAUGUGUCAGGGCUGAUUGGUGUGUGCUGCACCCAAUAGUUUAGGAGGACCUUGUUUUCUCAUUGGCUUGGAGUGUGAGAGUGAGGUGAGAGCCGGCUGGGAGGCGGGGCUUGAGUAUCAUGUAGCAUGCUAGAUUGAUUACUCCUGAAUGUUAAAGGGGAAGGAGGCUGGAGAUUUUUGUCUGUGCGUCGGGAGUUGCCGCUGUCCUGUUUGCCUGCUGUUGCCUGCUGCUGUGUUGGCUCUCUAUCCCCCCUCUUCACUCUCUUCUCUGCACCGGGCCAGGGGUCAGCUCAAAGACAAAUGCACGGGUCACAGGCUAGGGAGAGAGAGAGAGGGAGAAGGGUGAGAGAGUAAAAAAGAAAGAGAAAGAGAAAGAAAGAAGGUCAGUGAGUUGAGAGGACUUGAUCAGAGACGGGGCUGUAUGUUUGGGCAGAAGCAGGACGUUGGGGGGCUGCUGAAGGAGACGGGGCAAUGUGUAAAGGGAGAGUGGAAGAGAGAAGGGGGGAGGGGUAGAAGAAGGGGGGGCUUGCUCUUCUCUGUAUGUCCAGGCUGAGUCUUUUUUUAAAGCCGUCCAGUGGAGCCUGAGUGCCUUUUGUCUUGUUGGUACGAUCAAGAGAGCGGAGGAAGUGGAGGAACACUGAGAGAGUUUUUCUGUCAACCUCUGUGCUGCUUCUUCUCCUUCUUCCUGCUGCUGCUGCUCUCAAGGAGACUUGGACAGAGCUGUCUGUCUCCUCUCUUUUACUCUGCUUGGACAGGGCAGACCGCUCACCAUGAAGGGCACAGGGGUAAGUCUGACUGCUGACAGCACACACAGAAAAAAAGAAGACCCGUCAAGUUUUUAAUCUUUCAGUUUUAGAGCAAAUCUCUCGUCUCGAAUCACUUUUUCUCUCCAUCAUGCUCUGCAGUGAUGAGACGCUGUCUGUCCUUUGCUGCCGUCCUCAAUCCCCCCUCCCUCUCCUGUCCUGUAGUACUCUGCUCGGUAGAUUGGAGUUGUGUGUUUUGUGUGCCUGUGUGUAUUUCUCAUCCAUGUCCUUCAGCUGUCACUUGAAUCAAACAUAGACAUUUACACUGACAGUAAAAUAAUACACACGAUUGUUCUUCAUUUGGCAAGUUUGUGGUAUUUUGAUCUUAAAGUUGACAAUAUAAAGCGAAAUCUGUCUGGUUUUGGAUUUGACUUGUUUUGUUUUGCCUUUGGACCGCCGUGUGCACGCAGAAACACCCUCCAAGUGCGCUGCGUUUGACUUCAUGACAGUGAACUUGUUGGAUGCUCUUUACUGUCUCGGUGGUGUUGAUGUCUCAGGGCCCUGUUGCAGCUUUUCCUCGGGUAGCGAGUCGGGACCCUUCUUUCCAAACGGACGUCCUUGUUUACACACCAGUGCCAGACAGUGACGCAGAACUGAGCAGCAAAGAUGACAUCCAUGUUGGAGGGAUAUUUGUUGAACAUGGAGGACUCUCUGAGAAUCGCUCUCUGUGCUGCUGCCACUGUUGGUGUCAGGGGUCCCCAGGGGUGGAGGUGCAGCUGGUUGCAGUGACCUCAGGACCCCCCCAGGCCCCCACCCCCUGACAGUGCCAGACGCCCAGAUGGGAUGGACUGUCAGCCUGUCAGCUCCAGGGGCAGAGGAGGCUAAUAGUUUGAUCUGAUCUCUUCUGAUGGAAUCUUUGGAGGGUGCCUCUUCUCUCACUUGUCGCUGACUCCCUUUCUCUCCCCUCCCUUGUUCCCUAAUUGAAAGUUUCCAUUGGUGCCUUUGACAAAACAAAGUCCCGUUGGGGAAAGAGAGAGAGAGAGAGAGUGUGUGAGAGAGUGAGAGAUUGAGAGAGGAAGACUAAAAAUAACUCCUAAGUUGAAGCCCUUGCUGCCAAAUCCCAGGGUUGGCUUCUGUCUGCAUGAGAUUUGAAUAUCAUUUGUGUCUCGCGUUGUAACAACAGGAAGGUAGAUGUACACAAACCAACAAACUACCAAGAUGUACCCGGGCCUAAGGUGACCACUAAUGCUGAGCGCUCACUCUUUUGCCCUUGCCCCCCCCCCUCAUGUGUUUCUACGUGUGUACACUGUCACUAAAGACAGUGUGGGCAGCCUGGGGGGAGUCAGCUGUGCUCCAGCGUGUAAUAUGCAGGUAGCUUAGGCCCUGCCCACUUUGACGCCACAGACUGGGCCUAGCACUGGAUGAAGGUCACAGGAAUGUGAGAUUGGCUCCUGCAGUCUCUCCGUCAGCACUGAGAAGAAGGAAACAUGUAGAGGGAGAUGAGAGGACACAGAGGAAGUGAAAGUCAGAGGAGGAUAGCAGAACAUGCCGAACAUGUACAGUAUUAGAUGUUUGUGUUGAGCUCCUUUGAUAGUACACAGUCACAACCACCGGGGUCACUUAAGUGCUGCAGUGAAAGUUGAAAAACCUGCCCUUUUUCCAUCCUCCCCCCUUCUCUCUUUCAUCUCUCCCUCCUCCCUCCCUGGUUUCUCUCUCUCUCCCCCUCUCUCUCUCUCUACCCCUCUCUCUCCCUCUCUCUCCUCUGUUGAAUGACCUUGGGAGAUCAGUGACUAGCACUUCCUGGAGUUGGCUUGAAGCAGAACCAAGGGCAAAGUUUGCAAAGCCGUGCGGUCGGCUGGUUCGGUCCAGCGAUACCAGAGGGAUGUUGCGCUGCAGGUCACAGCUCGCCUGUACGUGAAUGUAACCCUGCCUGUUUUAAAAAAAAAAAGAAAAAAAAACCUGAGUCUCCAAACAUCCAGAACAUCUGCGAGUGUGUUGAGGGGAGAGUUGCAGGAGUUAAUCUGUAAUUCCUGCCUGAGAACUUCUUGUUUUUUGUUUUGCUUGAGUAGAUCAUUUACCCUGUAAACUGAAACCUUGCCAGUGAGUUUUCUGUGUGGUGUUUGUCAAUGGGUGCAUCAAGGUGAACACAAGCUUUCAUCAGAAUUUGCAGUUAUAUGUUUUAAUUAAGAGCUGUCAUCAAAAGUACCUUUUUCAAUUUGACAUUUAUGACCUGGCUGCAUUUACUCCCCCUUAUUUCCAGGUCUAAUUAACCCAAACAGAAGAGAACCUAUCAAAUGUUGAAAAUCAGACGCUCAUUAUAAUCAGUGACAUAAGAUUCUUGUUUAUAUGACUAUAUUUAGUGCUAUAUCACUGAUUCCCUUUUUUCUGCUUGGGAGGCCAGUCGAAACGCAGCAGACAUUAACCUUUAGUGACCUUCCUGCUGAACCGCUCAUUCUGCAUCACACACAGUUUUACACAGCAGCAUGUCGAAAACUGACCUCCGAUUAAAGACAACAGUGUCAGUGUGGCAGAGCUUAUCACACAGACAGCGCUAUAACAUCCAAAACAUACUUCUUUUUGUGGGUUUCAUCAUUUAUAAUGCAACAAGGUGCAAAGCAGUUCACGCGGAUACAUGUUUGCAGUUUGAACAGACUGAUAACAGUUUGACCAAUGAAGGGGAACGAUGUUUGAGCUUGCUGUACUGUCAGCGUGUAUGACUUGAUCCAUUCUUCAGCGGAGUGUUUGUUUAUUUCUUUAAUUACUCUCAUUCAUAUUGUACACUUGUAGAUGGGUGUCUUACCUGGGUGUCUUUCUAAAGGACUCUUUAUGAACAUCACUGUGAGAAAAUGUGGUAGGAGUGAGCCCUGCUUUUCUUUUCAGUUGAUAAAUCAGUCAAGUGUGACAUUAUUAGAGGUGACAGUGAGAAUAAUUAAGGUCCAACUGGUUUGUGAGUGAGCCGAUACUAUCUGGCUGAUAUUGGCCUGUCAAUGACAUCUUCCUAUAGACUGAUUUUGUCACAAUCUUUAAAUAACCUCUUUAAGUUUAUAUUGAUAGUUAGUAGUACACAGUUUACGCAGAGUAGAACACCUUUCAUUUGAUGUUGAAAAAUUAAGCCAUUGCAAAAGUGCUAAAAAACUGCAGUUCCUUAAGUGUCCACUCGGGGCUGCCUCCAAAAGCCAAGGACGUCCCAUUCACUUCCAUGUUAAAACGUCUUUUACUGAAAACAACACACUUUUACAGUCUGAUUCACAAAAAUGUUUUCAUCUGACUUGCUUAUUUCUCUAUCUGAACUCACUGAAGUUGCAUUUUUUUAAUUAAUGAAAUUUUUUGGUCUUUUUGUGCCUUCAAUUGAGUGGACAGGACAGCGUACAGAGCAGAAAACAGAGCUUUAUUCGGGUUAUGUGCGGGACAGUCAGGAAUUGAACCCAGGCUGUUCACUUAAGCAUACUCUGUACACAAGACAUGCUCUUGAACCCUAUAGCUAUAGUUUUUAUAACAUGCUGACUCAAAGAUAUUAAGGUUAAGGGUUUUGCAUAAUAAGGCAUAAUUAAGGGCACGGCUAAAGUGACUGACAAGCAGGCACAUUAAAGCUGUUGGCACAGAGGCUAAAGGCCACUUCCACUCCACCGCUUAGCCUCUGGGCUGAGUUAGCAUCUCCUAUAUGGCCAUCAUCAGGUGAUGUCACUCUGACUACGCCCAUAUUCUUUACAGUCUGUGCUUCCAUCCCUGCCCCGUCAUCGCCUGACGUGUUGGUUAAUCUCUUAAUUUUUUCCCUGCGAAACAUCAUUUUUCUCAAAGCUCCAGUGAAAUUUCACAGAGCUGUGAGAAUAAUCCCCCACACACACACAUAUCUUCUGCAGAUUAUAACACACUUGCACAUAUGCCCUCUCCACCGAUAGGAGGGUCAGGUGGUCCUCUCGCUGCACAUCUGCAUCAGUGUGAGGUGUCAGCUCCGCUUAAGGAAGAGAUCAGGGAUGAGACUGAGCGCAGUGACGACAUUGUGAUACCACAACACCUCCAGAGAAAGCUCACUCUUCCGCCUCAGCUUGGCGUUCAGGUCGGCCUAAACUGUUUAGCCUCAUUACUGAUCAAACACUCAGCAAAAAGCUCGAUUUAUGCAAACUGUUGGGUCGUUAAAGGGGUAAUUAACUGAGGAACAUUUCACCUUCACUAAAGAGCUAUCAGGACUCUCUCUGCUCAGCCGUACUGACUCUGUUGUUAGCACUGCUUUUGUACACUCAAAGUUUUGCACUGACCCUGCCCUUACCUUGCUCUUUCACUGAUCUCAGAGAGCAAGCACAUUGGCAGGUGGCUAAGUGAUCUUAUCCUGAUGUCUUUUUCCGCUCCCCUACCUCUCUGCCCGUGCUGCUAUCAGGUUUAUUUGAACAGGAAUUGAAGGCUCAUGUAAAGUGGUGUGAUGUCAGAGUUGAAGCGAGUCGCUGAUGCUGCUGUGAGUGGCCACUCGACAUGACGUGCCAAUGAGCGAGGAAGACAAGGAGGAAGGGAGGGCGAGGAUGGGAGAAGCAGGAGGGGGCCGGCUGUACAACAUUAGCGCUGAUUCAGCUGCUGCAAGCAGAGCAGCAUCGACUUUCUGUGAGAAGUUGGAAGAGGAAAAUCGGAGGGGGGGGGAAAGUAAGUUAGGCAGAACAGGAGGAAAGCACACGAAUGACAGAAAGAUGGAAAGUGCCCGGAAAUGGACAGAGAGAGAGGUGCAGAGCUGCUGAAGGAGGAAAGUGUUGAAGGUCCACAAAGCACAGAGAUCGUAUUUGUCCUCCUCAUGGACGCACAAACGCAGCAGAGUUGGUAGGAAAUCCAACACCAGCAUCUCUCUGUCUCGAUGACCUGAUGAAGGACAACAAACCCACAGGGAAGGAGAGGAGAGAGAUGCACAGUGUACCCUAGCAAAGCAGCCUCAUUGCACUAAAGCACAGUAUCAGCCUUAAAAACAAGCUCACAAGAAAGUCCAGAGCGUUCUCAGAGUUUGCCCACACUUGAAUAAGCCUCAACAAUUUAUUUUCUAAAGAUUUUUAAUUUGAAAGCACUUGAGAUCAUGCUCGAGAUCUCAGACCUUAAAAGAACUGAGGCAAAUUGUGCUUAUCGCUGCAGAUAAAACAAGCCAUCUUGAGACCCGCUCUCUCUCUGCGUCAGCCUCCAGACCUUUUAAAACUUUCUAAAGUUGACAUUUAUUAGCUUUCGGGGAGUUUCACUGUGGAUUUUCUUUGUGCAGCAGAUAGCUCAGCACAGCGUGAUGGUUUGACUCGUCGAGACCCAGACCAUAGAAGGUGUUGCAGAAGUCAGCAGAAGACAUUUUGCCCUGCACUCGUGCCUUAGACAUCAGCUGGCUCCCACGCAAACUUUCCAUUGAUGCGAAGCCUUGGGAAAUAUGGUCAUGUAUCGGUGUUUUGCUGGUAGAACAUGCUAGCUAGCUGGAGGAGUAAUGCUCAAGGGCACGUUGAUACUUCCUUUCUUUCGCCCUUCCUUUCUUCUCUCGCACAUAUGUUGUUCACUUUCUUUUGCUCACACUUCAGCCACACUUGCUCUCUCAUCUCCUAUCACAUAUUGACUCCCCCUCCCCUCCCCUCCCCUCCCCCUCCUCUCUGCUGCUGCUGUGCUGAGUGCACGGCUGCGUGUUUAGAUUGAAGGUUACAAGGUCAGAGAGAGGGGGGUUGCGGGGGCGUAUUUGUGAUUUUAAUAAUAGCUCUGUUUUAAAAGAAAAACUAUGAGAUAAAAAGACGAGAGGUGUGUGUGAUAGCAGACUCAAGGAGCCAGUGUGGUCGAGGUGUGAUCAGAUUUUUUCCACUGUUUGCUGUUUUACUCCUCUAUCUGCUCUGUUUUCUGUUCACUGUUAUAUUGUUACUAUUUGAAUUAACCCAGUAGCUGUCAGUAGGCCCUUAAGUCAGAGAAAAAUGUGCAGUUAUGUCAUUUGAUAUAAUGCAAUUGUGAUGCAAUAGCAGUAAAAAGGCAUUACAAGUGCAUUCUAGUACUGUUUCUCUGUAUUUGUGCUGCCCGUCAUGUCUUUAACAGUACUCAAGCUUGCAGAACGCCCCCCUGGAUCCAUAAUUAAUCAACAAUCACUCUCUUUAAUCUCUAAAUUGAGGGUAGCUGCAGUUAACCUUCAUUUGACUGCAUCAAAAUUCACUUCAAGCACUGCCAAGCUAUCAUUGUACAGUUCAAAUGCACACGUGCUGCAGCAUUGCUCCUAUUGAUGAAAUGAUCAUUUCAUUUAUUCACACUUUUGCAACUCCUGAAUGCACUGUAAGGAGGAUGUUAAAAAUUGCUGUAAACUACGCCCCAUGUAUGGGGACCACGGUCCCUGCAGCGGUUGCAGGUUCGAGUCCGGCCUUGACCAUGUGCUGCAUGUGUGUCGUCUCCUAUCUCCGCACGUUUUACUCUGUACUGUCAAUAAAAGGCAAAUUCGCCCCAAAAAAUUCUAGUAAUGAUGAUGUUGCAGUUGUAGGGAAUUUGCAGUCAUUUUUUUUAACAGGCCUCCAGCUGGAGACAAAACCACACAAUCUUGUCAACAGAGAAACAAGGAUGUCUUGUGCAAAAUUGUCACAAGAUUACACGCAGACUCCAUGAGGGUGGGGGGGUCAAAGACAUGCAUGUUUUUCGCAGCAUUUAAUUCGCAAUCUCGUUUGAACGGUCAUGGUGUUGCGCAGCCCUCCCUCCAAAAAAACAAAAACCUGCCAGAGGUCAUUUCUCCAGUCAGUCAGUCAGUCGACAAAAAACUACAGUUCCCAUCAGUCACUCCUGCCCCAUGGAAUGCUGGGAUUGUUCUAGUGACUGCAGGAUUUCAAUCAACCUUGAAACGCAACUGGACACUGGAGCGUCAGGCAGAGAAGAGGGGAGACACAGCCAAGGUCAAUCACUGGGUCGCUGUGCCAUCGCUACAAGCAGGCCUGAUUGAUUUGUAUAAAGCCACCCCCCCACCCCACCCCGCUGCCAUUCUGUCUCAUUGAUUUAGGCUACUCUCUGUCCAAAACUGAAUGACAGAACAGGAUGCGGCGCUGCUCCUUCUUUAUUAUUCAGUAACUUCCACAACUGCCAGAGAAGCAAUCUCCCCUGUCAAAAAUCAAUCAGGUAGAGGGUCUGCUGCUCUCUGAAUUAGUGAUUUAUCCGUGUUAAAUAUUUACAACUGCACUUAAGUGGUAUGAAAAAAAGGACACCCAAAGUUCAAACAAUCCCCUGCGAUAGAUGAGGGUUUUGGAGUCAGGUUUGUGGAGCCUGAGCCGUUCUUGCCGAGAGUAAGAAAAGAAAGAGGAGACCCCCUCUCCUACUUUUCACCCUCUUUUUCCUUGUCAACUAUACCUCCUUCACUCGCCAUCUCCAUCUUUCUGUCCUGUUUGACCCACUUUGCUAGUUUUCACAUUUGUCUGAUGGCGGUCCUGUCGGUCCCUCUUACCGCCCCCCUGAUAAAGCCUUUGGCACUUUGUCUUAGUGCUGGAUUACUGCUGAACUGGACAAGGCACUACCCCUCCCUCAGCAACACAUAAAAACACACUCCCUCCUCCCUGUACGUCUCUCCCUUGAGUAGCUCCACACACUCAUCUCUUGUUCGUCCCCCCCACCCACCGCUGUGUCCCUCUUUUUUCUUCUCCCUUCUGCCAAAUCUUUUCACCGAGGUAAGGAAAAAAAGGGAGAGUGCGAUCCAGACACUCGGAGCUCUGCAUGCUCAGACAGGCAGGCCAAUAUUCCCCCAGCAGAUUCCUGGCAUGCCAUAGUAACCUGCUGGAUCCUCUUUCAGACCGACAGAUCCCUCACAGAAACACUUCAUGUCUAUGUGCGCGUUUGAAACAGUUGGUUAACUUCACUCCACAACUUUUAGUGUUUUUAUGUGGAAGUGUGUGAGUGGACUGCUGCACAGUUGAUGCAAACAUAAAGACACGUGUCGUUUUGGAUCUGUGAUAUCAGCCUUGUCCUCACUGUGUGGGGUCACCAGGCAGCAGCGUUUGAUUUGCACACGUCAUGCUUAUUUUUGCAGAGAAGCUCAAGCUGAUGAAGCCAUUCAUAAUCAGAGUGUGCAGCUAGCUGGGUUGUAUGUUUCUGAGUAUGUCCACAUCCCACAAGAACAAGAAUAGAAUCCUGUUUAGGCUCUAUUUUGAAUUUUAUUGUUUUAUAAUAAUAGGCCAUGAGAGGAUGUGUGGUUGAGGAAGCACAGGUCUGGCUUGACCUGACUGUUUUCUGUGACUUGUGUGUGGCGACAAAGUUGUAAAAACUCCUUUUUUGAAUAUUUCUUAAUGACUAAUAUUUGCCUCCACUCUUCUGCUUCUUUGUUGCAGCAGAAUAAAAGAUGUCCGCAGAUGCCUUUGGCGCCGGGGGCAGCGAUGCCCAGCAAACCCUGCAGUCCUUCUGGCCUCGAGUCAUGGAGGAGAUCAGGAACCUCACUGUGGUACGCAGAAGUAAUCACAUGCUAACUCCGAGCAGACAACUGUCUCGUACUGUAUGUCUGUGUCCUCGAUUGACCACCUUUCUGUUUUUUUUCAGAAGGAUUUCCGCGUGCAGGAGUUACCUCUGGCCCGAAUCAAAAAAAUCAUGAAGCUGGAUGAAGAUGUGAAGGUAAGAGGAACGCUGCCUUUCAAAUUAAAUGUCUACUCUAUUCAGCAACAUUAUGACAUCUGUUUUCAUGUUCCCGUCAAGGUUUGAGUGAAAAUAUCCUGAUUUUACGUCAUGGUAAUUUUGAGUUAGUCAAAUAUAAGAUAAAAAAACACUGCAUGUCUUAACCCUGGGUGUCAUUCUCCCAUUUUAGACAAUUUGUUUCUAUUUCAGUGUCUGAAAGCUCGAAGGAUGAAGUGCUUUGUUUUUGUGUAUUUCUAUGAAACUUUCACCUUGGGCCUGUUGUGCACGUUUUGACCUCUCAGUACCCAAAAAUAGCCUGUUAUCACAUAAUGAGACCGUGUUAUCAGCAGUUUGUGAGUGAAGACACUGUUCGUGUGUGCAGUAAUCAAACAUCAUUCAAGGGUACUGCAAAAAAACGAUUCAUGAGAGGGAGCUGAGUUUGAACUUUUGAAGAUGGCUUCACAUUGCAGCAAUGAAAACUUUUUCCACAUAGCUGCGAGUUUGUAAUUUGCUGUUCUUCUUUUGGCUCAUUAAUUCAUGAAUUAUUUCUUGUGAAUGAAACUCAACCUCUUUUACUUGGUAAACUUAUUAGCUUCACACUUUUUUCUUGGAGUCUCGAAUUUGUUUAAUCCUUAAUAAGGCCGUUACAUUAUUCCUGCAUUAACAUUAACCAUCCCUUUAAAAAAACAGCAUUUUUGGCUAAAAUAAGCAGACAGUAAUAGUUCAAUAAGUAUGUGGUCCGUUUUGCUGGUUGCCAUUUGUCAUUGCACAAAGAAAAGACAAAAAAGAAGCAGCUGCUGCUAGAAAGCUCGCUGUAGCGGUCUUCUUCAGCGAUGAUUGGAUACUUUUAAAACUGUCAUUCAAGAUAUAUUGGGAAUCCAAAAACAGGAAUAGAGCAUGUGCCUUUUAGGGUAACUGAUUUCUUGAACAUUUACACGAUCCAUCAGCUCUUUCAUUUAGAUCAUGGGUAGUUUCACAACCCAUCAUCUACCAGAUGUAGUUUGAACAUCAGAAUAAAAGCAUAGUUUUAAGAAGCGAGGUUUUCUCCAUAAAAGUCUAUUCAUUUUAUUAUCAGGUUUUUUAAAGUAAGAGAGAGAGUGGGAGAUGGUGUGCUGUAAAUGGCCUCAGGUCCACGAGAAGGACAUACUCUCUACAUGGGACACACAAUUCAAACAUUAGGCCAAACCAAUGCUUUGUUGCAUGUCAAAAUUAACAUCAAACAGCAAACAAACUUAUUAACACACUCACUCUCACACACACACACACACACACACACACACACACACACACACACACACACACACACACACCCCAAGCCUCUUUUUAUAACAAAAGGUGCAUAGAUAAAAAAUAAAAACAGGAGCAAAUAAAGAUGAGCUUUUAGGAAUAUAAGCACAGUGUUCGGUCUGCUUACGCCAAAAACUCUACAGUCUAGAUCACCUAUAAAAAUUAAAGGGAUGUUCCGGUGUAAAAUCAAGUUAUGGUCAAACACACCGUGCUUCUCUAGUCAUACCAACUUUAGUAACAACCACACGAUAGCAAUACACAGCGGUCUUCGUCUCCACAUGCAAACCUCAACCAAAAAACCACUCAAUAGCCACAAAUAAUGCUCAGAACAGCACCUAACUUCAUCAACAGUUUAUAUAGGGUCCCAGCCAUUGUACUAGCCACCAAACAUCUUCUUCGCUUUACCUAAUUUCUUUCACAAAGAGACCAAACACAUCUCACCCACUCUCCUCCAGCAGCCGGUUGUUUGUGGGGGAGCCCUGAUGAGUUGAUCAACGAGUGCAGCGGCGUUUCGCAGCUCAAGAAAGAACAUUUAUAUCAUGGAAAUGCAAUCAGAGUUCUUGUGUAUGUGCACUGCAGACACAGUAAUUCUUCUGCCUUAGCAUCUCUGUCUGAUUGCAUUUCCAUGAAGUAAAAGUCAUAAAUUUUCCACUCGGUGAUCGACUCGUCAGGGCCCCCUUACAAACAAGCGGCUGCUGGAGGAGAGUGGGCGAGUUGUGUUUGGUCUCUUUGCUAAAGAAAUCAGGCAAAGCUAAAAAGAUGUUUGGCGAGUACUAUGGCUGGGACCCUAUAUGUACUGUUGAUGAAGUUAGGUGCUGUUCUGAGCAUUAUUUGUGGCUAUAGAGUGGCUUUUUAGUUGAGGUUUGCGAGUGGAGACAUAAACCGCUGUGUAUUGCUGUCUUGUGGUUGUUACUAAAGUCGGUAUAACUAGGGAAGUAAGCAGUCGGCAACAUUCAUCUCUGGAGGCGGUGUCUAACUCAGUGUUACGGUGUGUUUGACCCUAACUUAAAUUUAUGCCGGAAUAUCCCUUUAAAUUGUAGUUAAAUGAUGUGUUUUCAGACACUUGUCAGUACAGAGAGAAGAAGGCGUCUGGUGUCUUCAAUCACAGCGGGUUUUCCAACAAAGCUCUGCAUAGCCUCCAAAUAGAGAGCUGUAAAGUGUGUGUGUUUGUUUGUGUGCUUUUGUGUGUAUGUGUAUGUGGCUGCAGUGUGUCGUGUCAAGAGUAACAGGGCCUGAGUUAAGCAGCAGCUUAAAGUGGUAAAGAGAUCAGCAGAUCACUCACAUAUCUGAAGACAAGACCCUUCUGUCAGCCAUGACGCAGCAGCUCUCACUGCACUGUAUGUGUGAGCUGUGGGGUGUUUUUUAUUGCCUAUUCAGCAGAUCUGACCUUUGCAUUUACGUCGGGCAGUUUACUAAUUGUUGCAAAGCCUUGUCUAAAAGUUUAAUGCAACUCCUCAUGAAGAGUAAUUACCCAUUAGAGGCCUGCAGACUGGUGGCAUCACUAUUAAAGAGGUGUUGUUGGAGACAAAGGACGGGUUGAUGUUAUCCUGCAGCUGCAGUAAAGAGAGGACGUGUUCAGGUGUUUUUGUGAAUGAUGAGGAUAAAAUCUUCUUGUUAAGUAAUUAAGUUCUCUUAAUGCUUUGUUUUGCUGUGACAUAAGAGCACAUCAACUCAUGAUUGUAGCUUCUGCUUAUUUUGCAGCACCUCUGAAUGAAACUGUGAUUUGUUGCUCAGGAUCUGAGUGAUUCAUGUUGUGGCUGUUGUGUGAUUGAUGUUUGAUGGUCUGUGGGUGUUAUUUAUUUUUUUUCUUCUUUUAACCAGUUGUAACUCCAUCUUCUCCCUGCAGAUGAUCAGCGCUGAGGCUCCGGUUCUGUUUGCUAAGGCUGCCCAGAUCUUCAUCACAGAGCUUACCCUCAGAGCGUGGAUCCACACUGAGGACAACAAGAGGCGCACACUACAGGUCAGAGACGCUCACAGGGAUGUGUGAGCCCUUUUUCUAACCCCGUAUGUCCUUCUUCAUGAACUUCUGUCCUCCUCUCAUUUAGAUCAGGCUUCAGUGGAGUGAACUGUCUGACCCUUUAAUUUCUCAGUCCUGUCUUGUCUCUGCGUCUUCAGCUGUAAUAAUUUUCAUCUCUUUUUCUAUGUCUGUAUUCUUCUGCUGUAUUUUCCCCACUCGCUUGCGUCACUUUUCUGUCUUUUUGGUUUGUUGCUUUUAUAACAAAGUGUCUGUAUAUGCACACAAGCAGAGGCCCCAUACCAGCAUCCCCUUGAGGACUAUCCCUCUGCUGAGCUCUUUCUCCCUCCAUUGACUUUGAAAGCAAAGCCAGGCGGGUGCCUUUGACCCACUUUUCCCUCUGGUGCCAUUUUGCCUGCUCUGCUGUCCUAAACUUAAAUAAAAUGGACUCUGGAAAGACGUGAGGUGGUAAAAGAAAGCUGAGAAUGAGUGAAAGCGUUUGCGGAAAAAUCAGACAAACGCUUGUCUCACCUGAACAUCAAGAGGUGGUAAACUAUGGAGCAGAACACGAAAGCCCUUAAGUCGACUUUAUCCAUUCACAUACCUCUGAGAGAUUAGCCGUUCAUGGAUAUGUGUGUGUAUGCACCGCAGGUAGAAACACAAACGGAGGGGAAAAUAUUAUCACGUUCAUCAGUUGUUUUUUUUUUAAGACCUACUCUUGAGGUGAGUUCAUCGAGCUGCUGUCUUCUCCUCCUUUUUUCUACUAGCCUCCUGCUCUCUGCUGUCCCUGCUGUAAAUAGAAACUUAUUUACCCUUAACAUGCUAAUCACAUUUUACACCACAGAUGACACGUUAGCUACAUGUGACCCUGUGAAUAUGUGAUUUUCUUCUGCUUAAGUGAGACAAAGCAGCACCCUCACGUAGCCUGAGUCCUAUUGUGAGGAGGGCACGCCGGUUGAGAUCACCAUAGCAACGCUCAUCAAUAGAACAAGUGUAGAUGUGACCUGGUGUUGCCAGAUAUUAAUCAAGCUCCUAUAAAUAGCCUCUAGUGCAGGGAGGGCCACAAUGGGGGGUCCUGACAGCCAAUAUCCUGUGGAAAAUUCCACUGAGACAGCGCACUGCUGUGGAUAUAGGAAGGGGUAUAACAGCGGAGACUGCUCAUGAAGGGAGGAAAGAGUUUCUGUUCAUUUCCCCCCCAGCGUGCGCACACAGGUUUAUGAUAAUACUGCUGGGAGAGAUUUGAUUCUGUGACAAAAUACUCCAGCGACAAAAAGUUGUUGAUCUUGUUUUACGUUUUUUGAAGCUGAAAUGUACGAGUACUUUCAAUCUAAAAUCUAUUCAAUUUACGAUCAACAAAACUGACAAAUCUUUGCUCACAUGAAGUUGGAGCCAGCAAAUAUUAUUCAGUACCUGCUGCUGGAAAAGUAACCCUCCAGUUUGAUGUCUUGCUAAAUAGCUCGUUGUUGACUUAUCCUUUCCGGUCUAAACUUAUCCUCUCCUUCCGUGAGAUCGGUUUUCAAAGCAAAAGCAUGUUACAGUAAUACCGGGAACUUUAUUUCCACUCCACAGCAGCUUCCUGUGUGGCUAUUUUAGGAGAUGUGACCUUAAGCCAUGAGGCAGGGUUAUAUGGAGGUUGCUGCAUAUAUUGCAUUAGCAUAAUUCAAGUCUGACCUCAUCACUUUGACCCCUGUGUUUACAGAGGAAUGACAUCGCCAUGGCCAUAACGAAGUUUGACCAGUUUGACUUCCUGAUUGACAUCGUGCCCCGGGACGACCUGAAGCCCCCAAAACGACAGGUAGGGUCGCAGAAUUUCCCGCCCAGUGUACUGUCAUACACCAAGAACCACAGGCUCACCUGACAGGCUGGCAGAGAAAUGACUGUGAAUACCCACACAUGCCAAAUAUUAUUAAAGAGAAUAUACAGCUCUUUUUGUAGGUCGUUCAAGGGUAUCAAGAUAUCAAGGGUAUCUUUAUUAGACACAUGUAAAAACAAAGCAUAUGAAAGAGUGCAUUGGCAUCAGAACAAAUAAAAAUCAUAUAAUUAUUUCACAUAGAAGUGUUUGAAAGACUAAUAGCAGUCGGGACAAAAGAAUUUUUAAAUGUGUUCACAGAAACAUUCACAUUAUGUGUGUAUGCAUUGGCUUAACCCUGCAAAACUCUGACAUGCAGACUACAGAGGAGCGGGAGACAGAGGUUGUAGGUACUCCAAAAUGUGGCAACAUACAGUAGUUAUUUCUUUUCUUUCCACUUUGGUCCAAACAUUAACACACCGUGUGGUGAGCUGCUGUCCGUUCCCAAAAUAAAAAUAAAAAAAACCUGCAUUUGGUGUGUGGUGGGUGUUAAUUUCAGACCCUGCCAUGGGCUAAGACCGAGAAAAAGGGCUCAGCUUUCAUCUUUUCCAUUGUUGGCAAAUUGGAGGUGCUGUAAACAUCCUUGACUGGAAGCUGGGGUUCGAACAGCAGGAGCUUUCAGUCGGAUGUUUGCAGCAUCUUAUUGCCUCUGACAGCCAACAGUAACCCCAGCAGUGACAACGGUUCAAAGUUAGUGUCAGAAAAAUCUCACUGUAGACAGAAUUAGAUAAAGAGAAAUACCCUUUUUCUUGAAGGAGACGGUUGAUGAAUUCCAGUUUGGCUCAAGUAGGAGAUUGAAGAGCCACGUAUGAACAUAGGGUACCAGAUGGAGGAGUGAGAUAUUUAAAUUUGUGGUUAAGUAGACUGUCUCCAGGCAUGUAAACAUCCUACACUCUCAGCUGUGUUGUCAUGGAGCUGGGAGAGGGGUGUUUACGCUUCUGGUGAUGGAGAAACUUCAUCAGGACGCUGCUAUGGAGGAGGUGGUGACACAGGUCAGUGUUUACUGGUGUUAGCAUUUUCUGUGGUUAUAGUUAGACUUGGGUUCAAGUCCCCCUGGACCGGCAGGCAUUUAACCCACUGGACUGUUUUGAGUCAGCUGAGUCCCAUCAAACUCUGACGCUGCAACUUUAGUGUCCGACCAAAGCAGAGGGAGCGUUUCUGCCCAGAGAUCAAUAGUUGUCUCAUAAGUGUACUUGUGUAACUGCAUCAGGAAUGUUUGAUAAUGUUGUUUUAUGUAAGUCGUCGGCAGUUUAAACGUCACAGUGUUCAGUUUAACUUGCCUCCAGGCUUGCUGUCGAUGGUAUUGACCAGUAUGUUUGCCUGUAAUGGAUCUUGUGUCAAGAUUACAUUACUCUUCCUGGGCCACGUCCCAUCAGUUAUUUAUCAGUGCUGACCUCCUCUCCCCUUACACCUGCAAAAAUAAUUCAUGGAGAUGUAUUGGACUGAUAGGCACCUUUUCAUUGUAUGUGUGUCAUUUUCAGGAGGAAAUGCGUCAGUCGGUAGCUCCAGCCGAGCCGGUUCAGUACUACUUCACUUUGGCCCAGCAGCCCGGAGCCGUGCAGGUGCAGGGGACACAACCGGCGCAGCAGCCCGGGGCACAAGCAGCCACGACCAUCCAGCCAGGACAGAUCAUCAUCGCGCAGCCACAACAAGGACAGGUACCACCAAAACCAUUUUUAACAGAAAUGCAGCACAGAAAGAUAGAAGAACCACAGCUGGAUGUUAGAAUUUUUGAUAUAAGAGGAGGAACGCAAUGACCUCCCAUUCAAAGGGAAAAAAACACUAUUGUCCUCGAGUGGAUGUCUGCAUUAGUGUAACACCUCAACCUCACUCCACACUCUCACCCCACCCAGUCCUGGGACUCACGCCGCAGAGGGCUUGUUACUCAGGUCACCAUCUCAGGCUGUAUUGAUGUUUGUCUUAGCUCACAUUUAGUAGCUGAUAGCUCUCCCACCAGCAGGACGACCUGAACCCGAGAGCACACCCAGCAAACAACACACCAGCGUCCCAGAGGCCUUCAGAAUAACGGAUAUUUCUCCCUCCACUCGCAUAAAUUGUGAUUUAAAUGGGCCCUGUGACUGAAGGAAAAUUCAGACAAUGAAAAUAAAGUCAUGAAGUUAUGAGAAUAAAUCAUAACCAAGAAAAAAGUCAUGGAAACAAUAUAACUUUAUUUACGUAAUACUAUAGCAUCAAACAUCAAGAUAUUAUAAGAUUGAGCACCAUCUAGUCAGAUGAGAUCCACUCUUACCUUUAUACCAUGAGUGAAAGACUUAGCAGCAUUUAUCAAGUAACAGUGGUGAGAGGAAACUUCCUUUAAACAGACAGAAACCUCGAGCAGAACCAGACUCAUGUUAGACAGCAUCUGCUGCUGUGUUUACUCUAGAUAUGUAAGUUUAUUUCAUCCGAAAAGCUUCUACAAGACGUUUUGGACAUUCAUGAAACUGACUGCAAUUUAUGUUGAUGCCUUAUGAUGAAGAAGACCAUCGGGGACAUGAUUGAUGAUUUUAUAUCCUAAUUUUUAAACUGGUGUAAGGAGGGUAGGUGUCAGCCAAGCAACUCUUUUAUAUCUCAUGAAUAAAUUAUUUGCAAUACAUGAUACAACUGACUGUCAAAACUCAGCAGGAUUUUUUUUUUAUCACAUUGUUUAAGCACGUAGAGAACAAGAGAAGUAUAGACAGGCAACGCCAAUUUGACACAAGUUGAAAGUUCCUCACUGGAGCUUUAAUGUGACCAGUCCAGUCCUUCAUAAUUAAAAUGUAUUUUAGCGAAAUAGAGGAGAAAACUAACUGGUUUUCCCCUCUCCGAAAACAUUUUGAUGAAAGACUUGUCAUAUUUUUCUUUUUCACUGAUCAUCACUUUUUCAUGAAACCACAUUCCUACCACACACAUGCGUACACUUCACUGUCAUUAAAAGCAAAAACAGCAGACACCGGAGAAGGGUGCAUCCCAAUCCUUUCACCACCAAACAUUUAUUUUCACAAACUUUUCCAAGUGUCUCCUUUCUUGCUGCUUUUGCUGCCAGUUUGGUCCCUGCAUGUCCUGGAGCCCGUGAGUCUGUGCUGCUUCAUGCUGCUUCAGCACACUGCCUUCAGCUCAGCUCACACACUCUCAGACCCAGCUUUAUCCACCAGCCAUGUUUACUGCUGCAGUCCUCACUGCAUGAGAGUGCGGAGGUUGUGGUUUUAGGCUUAACACAUUUUGUUAAGUAAAGUGAAAUUAAAUGUUUACAUUUAUUUAUGUGAAAAUGAUUUUGUUUUCAGAGGUGCUUUAGACAUUUUUUUAAAGGCAACCUCUCGAUCAUAUUUACAGGAUAUGAGCAAAAAAAAGGUUUAAUUUUGUUAAUAAGAUGAUAAUGAGACAAAACUGUGAUAGGAAGACCGCGACCCCGGGAAUGGGAAUAAGCGGUCGAAAAUGGAUGGAUGGAUGGAUGAUAUUUCCCUCCAUGCCUCUGUUACUUGAAAUAUGUAAUCCUGUAAUGGUUAGCUAAAGGGUGUUUUUUUUCCACAGCGAGUGCAUGGCAGGUACAAAGAUCCUCUUCCUCCACUCUUCUUUUUCAGUUUUGUUCAUAAACUUUGGACACUUGUACUGCUAACAGCUCAGUUCUAAAACCUUGAUGGUGUCCCAAUAUAGAGAUACAGUAAAGCAUAUUUAACAGGCGUUUCUUAAGAUUAACUCUAAAAUAGUGAGAAAGAACGUUUACUGUGUAUAGAGUGCAGUGUCUGUUCAACAGUCCAGGGGCGUUUCUUAGACUUAGAGGGGUUGAGUCAGGACCCUCAACCUACCCCACAAAAAUAGAAACCAAGGAAAAAUGAAUACAGCCCUAGCAGCCUCAGAAAGACUGCUGUGCCUCUUGACUCGGAAUAAGAUCUUACUGGGAUCAGGAAUCCAGUUAUACACAAAUUAAAGUGCUCAGAAAGUCAGACAUCGCAGAUUUAAGCAUCUAUCACCUCGAUAUCCCUUUCUGCUCAGUUAAAAAGACAGAAUAUAUUUUGACCCAAAGUACUACCAAAAAGCAUUUCUGACUUUUGACUGACCUGAACUCGGCUAAAAUGCUUUUACUCUUUUAUCGUUGAUAAGGAGGCUAAAACUUUCUACUGCAAACACAACUAACAUGUAACAAGAAGUUAAAGGCAUUUUAGUUUAAAAACCACUAAAGAUUAACACUGCUGGCCGGCCUUUCAGCUGCCCUCCACACACAUGCUUUUCACUGUGAAUCAGGCUCACAAAGUAGGAAUCCUUUGAAUUUAAAAGAAGAGAAAUGUGAAUUUUAGAAAUUUGAGCUUUCUGUGUCAUUUGAGACUACAAACUCUUAGACAGUAUUUGCUUUACGCUUUAUAUGCAUUUGUCAUACCACUUCCAUGCCUUUUUUUCAUUCCCUGUUUCUCACUCCCUCUCCUGUCGUUCAUAAACAUGUCACUCAAUGUUAUUUGCUGCUUUAUGUUGCUGUUUGCCUGCUGUCGUUGCAGCUCUCACGCCUCACAAGCGCUUACAUUCAUGCUCACGUUCAGUUGUUGCGAUCGCUGCUUUCUCACUGCGUGUCUUUCUCUCAUUCUCUCAUCCUGUUCUGUUGGGCCAUCAGAUGCUGCAAGGUGCCACCAUGCAGCAGUUACAGCAAGUGCAGGUGCAAUCACAGGGCACACCCAUCACGGUAAACAUGCAUGCACACGCGCAUUCAUAUGUCUGCUAACCACACACACCCAGAAGCCUGGAGCUUCCUGCUGCAUACACACACAAACACACACACACACACUGUCCUGUUCUGAUGGCUGAGGCCUGUAGAGGUGACCGCAGUGUGAGAUCAGGUGACUUUUCUUCAGAUAGAGUGACAGACAGACGAGAAAGAGAGGUCAUGAAAUCUGCCGUGUCACCUCUUGCCCAACAUCUUUUCUUCCUGCCUGAUAAUUAUUUAAAAGACUCUGAAAAGUGAGGUUGACCUCUUAUCUCAGGGAGGUUAGUGAUUUCUCUCUGUCAGUUAUAAACUCCCUGCUUAAUGUGUCACUUUUUCUCCUCUUUCUUUCCCUCCUUCCUCCCUCUCUCUCAUCCCCCCUCCCUCCUCUUUUUUUUUUUAUUGCUGUCCGUCAGAGUGCGCCUGUGGCCAUGCAGGUGAGCGAGGGUCAGCAGGUACAGAUUGUCCAAGCUGCAGCAGCCCAAGGUCAAGCUCAAACAGCCCAAACCCAGGGCCAGACCAUGCAGGUCAUGCAGCAGAUCAUCACCAACACAGGGGAGAUCCAGCAAAUCCCGGUUAGUCGAAAUAUUAAGCUCAAAAUAUUCAAAAAGUGAUACAGAUGAUGGGGAAACUGGUGGUGAGGCAAAAUUAAGCAACAGGGAAAAGGGUUUUGCGUUGGAGUGGAGGGUUGAAUCUGGUUAAUACAGAUUGAAUGAGUAAUUUAUUCUGUGUUUUUUUUGGAGUUAACAAACCACCAGAGAGGGUGAAUGAUUUGUGUUGGUUGAACAGAGUAGGAAAAUGGCUGUGACCUCUGCAUCUGAAUGACCUUAUUUUCUAAACUGAGCUUUGUCUCCCCCUUGUGGCGGUCGGCUGUAGGUGCAACUAAACACUGGUCAGCUACAGUACAUCAGGCUAGCUCAGCCUGUCUCCGGGGCACAAGUGGUCCAAGGUCAAAUCCAGACUCUCGCAAACACCCAGCAGGUAAUCCUUAUAGCAAAUAUUUAAAAUACAAAAACAAUUAGGAAACAAAUGAUCUGAUAUCCAAACAUUUGUAAGGAUCAGAUGGUAAUUUUAGUUUAUUUUUUUUUGUGUGUGUGUGUGUUUUCAGAUCACACAGACAGAGGUACAACAAGGACAACAGCAGUUCAACCAGUUUACUGAUGGACAGGUAAUAACAUGCAAUUUCUGCAUCUGCUGUGUUUAAUCUGUUGCUGUGAUGGUGGCUUUUAGAUGUUACCAGAUCUAGAUCACGUGUCACCUAUCAGAAAUAUUCCAAACUAGAUGAGAGGAUGAAUUUCACAGCUAAAACUGGACUUGUCACACUCAUGUCUUCAUCCUCCCUUUGUGUCUCUCUGUGUUUUACAGCAGUUGUAUCAGAUUCAGCAGGUGACGAUGCCGGCCGGACAGGAGCUCACCCAACCAAUGUUCAUCCAGUCCACCAACCAGACAGCCGAGGCACAGGUCACGCAGGUCACCACCGACUGA